UCUGCAUAUUUGUGCUAGUGCGCAUGCGCCGUCAGGAAAGCGGAAGAAUUCCAUGUACAGUAGUUCUUGAGUGUGUGUGUGUUUAUGUAUGAGAGAGUGUGUGUAACGUGGCAUACUUUGACAUGGAGUUUGCUGCGCUCGUAGCCGUUUCAUUGAUCAUUGGAGCGCUGAUUAUUUUAGUGGCUGUAGCAGUUAGCAAGCAGAAAGCUAAAGCGAGUGAACAACAGGAGCAAAACAACAAAGAAGCUGAAGAGAGCUCGGUGAAGGCGCCUUCCGCUAAGAAGCAGAAAGUGCAGCAGCGUCUUCGAAAGGAGAAACCUCAGCAGCACACAUUCUCCCACCCGCUGCUCGCUUCCUCGCUGAAGUCUCAUAGUGGUUCAGUGACGUGUCUGGACUUCAGCAGUAAUGGGAAAUACCUGGCCUCCUGUUCUGAUGAUCGCACUGUCCGCAUCUGGAGCACGAAAGACUUCCUGGUGAGAGAUCAUAAAUGUUUGAGGGCCAAUGUGGAGUACGACCAUGCCACGAUCGUCCGCUUCAGCCCCGACUCCCGAGCUUUCAUCACAUGGCUGGCGAAUGGAGAGACGAUUCGUAUCUUUAAGAUGAUCAAGAAGGAUGAUGGUGCGUUCAGUUUUAAAGCAGCUCCGGAGGAUUUUCCCCAAAAACACAAAGGCAUCGUCAUGAACAUGGCCAUCGCAGACACAGGGAAGUUUAUAAUGACUGCAUCGGUGGACACCACCAUCAUCAUCUGGGAUCUGAAAGGAGAAGUUUUAGCCUCCAUCAACACCAACCAGAUGACCAACUCGCACGCUGCCAUUUCUCCUUGCGGCAGGUUUGUGGCAGCAUGUGGCUUCACUCCGGAUGUUAAAGUUUGGGAAGUGUGUUUUGCUAAAACAGGAGAGUUUAAAGAAGUGACUCGAGCAUUCGACCUAAAAGGUCAUUCAGCCGGAGUGUACAGCUUUGAUUUCUCCAACGACUCCCGCAGGAUGGUGACGGUGUCUAAAGACUGCACUUGGAAGCUCUGGGACACGGAUGUGGAGUACAAGAAGCAGCAGGACCCGUACCUGCUCCGGACUGUACCAUGUCAGGUAUCGGAGGGAAGUCGUAUCGCUCUGUCUCCGGAUGGGCGUGCAGUCGCCGUGUCUAAUGGCCGAGACCUUUACAUGUACAAUGCGAGCUCGGGUGAGCUGGAGGAGGAAUUCCACAGCGUCCACAGCGAGAACAUCACUGACCUCAAAUUUGACAUUAACAAUCGUUUCCUGGUGAGCAGCGGUGACCGGGCCAUCCGGGUCUUCCACAACGUGACGGGUUACCGUGCCGCCAUCGCUGACAUGCAGGCCCAACUGAAGAAGAGUACCAACGCUGGUGUGAAGCAGCGACUGCAGCAGCAGCUCACCGACGCCCAGAACGCCCUGAAUGCAAUCACCAACACGCAGAACAAGUGACUGCUGUGUUUGAGUGGAUGUGGUGUGCUGUUUUUAAUUAAUUAAAAACCUGAGUGUUUAUA